UCUACCAGCAUUAAUAAAUGGCAUGUCAAAGAGAACCACCCACACCAAAUUUCAGAGACGUAUCAGCUCGUACGAGUCCGUCGACAAGCGUACCCACCGAAUCCGGCGCCGUUUCAACCACGUGUAGAGGACUAUAAUUUGCCUCCAUUCUAUCAGCCUCAUCCUGGACGAGAUGCCUCGUCGUUGACGCCAGUGUUUCCUUUUACCAGUGAGUUCAACAAUGGUCUUGAUGUGAAUCCUGGAACUCGAUUCACUGUGGACGGAAAUAUAAACGUCCCCAUUCUUGGAUGGGGUAUAUGGGACUACAAAGGAGGUGUAAAAGUAGGACGACCAAACACCCGAGUUGGAUUUGGUUCACUACAACGACCGACAAAUGUACUUGGUAUAACAGCCGACACUCUAGCAACUUUGGCCAAGGAUGGAGCGUUCAAUCAAGCCAGGGAAUCCGUCGCCUCGAUUCCUGUAUCGGUCUUGCCGGGCAAUUUCGUGCCACUGCGAUGUAAGCCACCGUUCUGUAACCCGUUCGUUCACAAUACGGCUUUCGGAGUGGAUGUGGAACCAGGAGAUGAUUACCUAUUCGAUGGUGGUCUCGAUUUCCCAAUCCCAUUGGGACCAUCAGGAGUCGGCGUUCGAUUCCCAUUGAGUGGUGCGGUAAAUGUUGGCACAGAUCCCUUGCUGAUCACAUACGGGCAUGGAAUGGGCCCAGUCGAACCGCCAGUUGAGUGCCAAAAAUACGGUGGAGAUGAGCCGCUAGUUAUCCCAAUCAAGGGUCCACUGGCACAGUUUCCGGCGCUAAUCACCGCCGAGAACUUCCCGCUGUUCCCGUUCACGGACCAGUUCAGUACAGGAAUAGAAAUUAAUCCGGCCAAUAAAGUAUCGAUCGCUGGCGAUUUGAACAUUCCCGUUCCCGGUUGGGGGAAUUUCGACGUCGAUGGAAAUGUCUACUUUGGCCGCAUUAAUGUCGACACCAAAGUUGGUUACCAAAUUCGGCCAACGAAUAAGCUGAAUAUCAAACCGGAAACGCUAGCCCUAUUAGGGCAAAGCCCGGAAUUCCGGGCGGCAAGAAAGAAAGCCAAAGAAGUGGUAGUUGGCCGGAUUCCAUACGGUUACGAGCCCAUCAAAUGCAAACCGCCAUACUGUAAUCCAUUUGUCCAUCAUACCGGAGUUGCGGUUGAAGUCGAACAAGGUGAUGACUCCUUCUUCAUUGGCGGUAUCGAUUUCCCACUGCCAAUUGGGCCACUUGGUUCGGGUGUUCGCUUUCCUUUGUCAGGGGCAGUGGAAGCGGGAACGUCUCCAUACGCUUAUGCCCAUGGUCACGCCUUCAAUCCCGUGUCACCAUUCGAUUUGGACGCAAUCAACGACGAUGACGUCACACAGGUCGGAAAUCGACCGAUACGACGUAGUCCAAAGAAGAAUUUCGACAAAUCUGCGUUCUACAAAAAAUUCUACGACAAACUUCCUCAUGAAAUACCCCUAAUAUGUAAUGGCAUCUUUUCAGAGGUAUUUUCGCAGAAGUACGGUAGUGAUGAGCCACUUGUUGUUCCGUUAACUGGACCAUAUGCACAAUUCCCGGCACUCAUCACCGCGGAAAACUUUCCUCUAUUCCCGUUUACCGAGCAGUUCAACACUGGCCUCGAACUCAAUCCGGCUAACAAAGUGUCACUCGCCGGUGAUAUAAACAUCCCGGUACCGGGAUGGGGUAAUUGGGACAUGGACGGGAAUCUCUACGCUGGACAUAUCAAUCUCGAUGUGAAGGCCGGCUAUCAGACAAGUCCUAGAAAUCCGUUGAAGAUCAAGCCUGAGACGUUGGCCCUACUCGCUCAGAAUCCAGCUUUCAGAGAAGCACGAAGUGAGUUUCCUAGUUAUUCAAACAUAUCGGUUAAAAAAGCCAAAGAAGUAGUCGUUGGCCGAAUUCCAUAUGGUUAUGAACCAGUCAAAUGCAAACCUCCCUACUGCAAUCCAUUUGUGCAUCACACUGGAGUUGCCGUCGAAGUCGAACAAGGCGAUGACACAUUCUUCAUCGGUGGCAUAGAUUUUCCCUUACCAACAGGAGAUGUUGGCGGUAUUCGCUUUCCGCUUUCUGGCGCAGUCGAACAAGGUACUUCGCCCUAUGCCUACGCCCAUGGUGAUGCUUUCAAUCCGGUGUCGCCGUUUGAUCUACAGUCCCUUGAUGAUGAGGACGUCAGCCAAACCGGGUCAAAACGCAGGAGUCCAGUCCGAGAUCUCGACAAGCAAGCUUUUUACAAGAAUUUCUACGACAAACUACCUCACUAA